AUGACUUCGUCUGUUGUAGAUAAAGAAACUGUUCGAAAAGUACACAAUGAAUAUAUAAAUUUGUUUGGAGCUUAUAACGACGAUUUUAUCUUGGUAUAUUGCAAAGAUCAGAUUACGGUCGGUAAUAUUAAACUAUUUGAAAAAAUAGUUGAAUGUUAUCCACAAAAUACUGUGGGUAUUAUUGUGACGUCUCAAAAAGGAUACUCAAUCAGUAGUUCGAAACGUGCAAAGUCUCAAAAGUCUUCACCUAAUAUUGUAUUUACGAGUAUUAAUGAAAUGGCAACUGAUAUUCCAGCAUACUUUUUAUUAAGAAAAGGUCAUCAAAGUAAAA